AUGAUUAUUCCCAUACGGUGUUUCUCCUGCGGGAAGGUCAUCGCAGACAUUUGGGAACGAUACAUGAAAUUGCUUGAGGGUGGCAUGCCUGACGGUGAAGCGAUGGAUCAGGUCGGCGCGAAACGAUACUGCUGCCGGCGCAUGCUGAUGACACACGUCGAUCUGAUUGAGAAGUUGCUACAAUACGACCCUUCCGAACGACGAAUCAAGACCCAGCCAUGA